AUGCUAGUUUGUCGCAAGUUCAAGAACGUUACUGCUAUCUUGUAUCAACUAGUAGUAACAAACCCGGGUAUUCGCACGGGUUCUGGUACCCUCCCAGAACUACCAUCACGUCCAGUUCCACGAGGUCCCCGUCCCCGCUGGGGCAGACGCCACGACCAAGACACUGUUUGCGGCAAUCAAUCAAACCAACUACUUAAUCUUCGUCCAGGGGGAAAGACUGAGGGCGCUCGAGGACGAUCGGAGGCCCCCAAGAAGACACUGGAGACUCAAUCUUCUCCUCCUCGACAAGCAGAGGAACAUCCCCAAUCUCCCUCGCAGAGACAUAAUCAGGACAUCUCUCGAAGCCCGUCACCCCGACCACUCGGGCGACGACCCCCUUUGGAGAGGGAACAACUCGUCGAUGCGGGAAGGCGCGAUCACGACCCUCGCGUUAAGAACGAAGACCCCUUGGAGACAGGAACGAGGGAAACCACCAACGGUCAUAUCGCCCAAGGAUCGCUCCGCGCGAACAGGGCCACCGUGACCGCCACGACAUCAGAUCUCCGUCUUGCUCGCCCGAACGGAGUAACGAGGACGACCCCCGCGGUCCCUUGUCACAAGCUAUCAUGGAGGCUCCCAUUCCUCCGGGCAUGGAGAAGCCUCCCCACCUGA